AUGCUAUCAUCAAGGCACUAAAGCACUGGUGACAUUACCUCCUAUUGAAGGAGUUCGUGCUUUAUUCUGACCAUGAGGCCUUGAAGUAUUUGCACUCACAGUAGAAAUUGCGCGAUCGUCACGCCUACUAAGUCGAUGACCUUGAAGAUUAUACAUUCGUCAUUUGGCACAAGAAGGGAAAGGACAACAUGGUUGACGAUGUCUUGAGUCACCAAACCCACCUUCUCAAUUUGGUGAAGGUGUAGAUUACUAGAUUCAAGUCUUUAAAGGACUCAUAUGUAGAUUUCCCCGACUUUGGCCCCAUCAUCCAUGUCUUUGAGCUUGGGACAACAUGCGAGCAUCGAGACUAUCUUAUGACGGACGAAUAUCUAUUCUUUAAGAAUAGACCGUGCGUACCCCGCACUUCUCUCCGAGACUUCCUGACUUGGGAGUGUCAUGCUGGAGGUCUUGUCGACCACUUCGACCGCGACAAGACAAUCACUAUGGUAGGAUACCAAUUCUAUUGCCCGAGUUUGAGGCACAAUGUAGGGAACAUCGUUGCUCAGUGCCAUGUGUGUGCCUUCGUGAAGCAGGUCAAGAAGAACACUGGACUUUAUACGCCACUUCCUGUACCGACACGCCCUUGGGAUGAUGUCAACAUUGACUUCAUAUUAGGAGCUUAGAGAACUUGUCAAAUCUUUGGUGGGGGAAAACCUCACGACGUGGGAUCUGAUUACCCCCAUGCCAAGUUUGCCUUUAACUCUUUGGCCAACUACACCACUAGCAUGAGUCUUUUUGAGAUUCCCCUUGGCCUUGCACCCCGCAAGCCCCUAGACUUGGUGUUUGUUGACCCACGUGUUAGAGUGUCUGAGGAUGGUGUUGUAUUUACCUAGUAUUUUAGUGACUUGAAUCGACAUAUUGAUGAUAGGAUUACUAGUCAUAACGCAUUGUACAAGUAGAUUGCCGAUUUGCAUUGCCGACCCCAAAGCUUCCACGUGGGCAACCAGGUGAUGGUUAGGCUGAGAUUUGAGAGAUAUUCUCCGGGCAUGGCUACAAAGCUCCAUGCUCAUAGUGCGGGCCCGUUCCAAGUCCUUACCCAUGUAAGCGAGAAUGCCUACAUCGUCGAGAUCCCUCCAUUGUGGGGGAUUAGCUCAAUGUUUAAUGUGGCAGACUUGGCCGCAUAUCGAGCCCCACCUCCUUCUGACCAGCCUCCCUACCCCGACCCAUUCUCUGAGAGUGAGUUGGCCUUUGAGUCCACCCCCCCUGUUUUACGACCCAAUUGGCAUGAGCAGGUCGAGGAGGUAGUGCACGAGGUAAUUGGCUUUUUAGGGGAUAGAGUUUCAUGGAGGUUUCUCGUGCAUUGGCAGGGGCAUACGGCAGCGGAUGACACGUGGAUUUCGGAGGAGGAUCUCGCACGCCUGCAGCCAGACUUGAUCGAGCCCAUGCCGCUUCCAUUCACCAACUUGACGGAGUCGAGUUCUUCUGACCUCGGGAGGAUUGGUUGCGAAUGGGAACCGUCUCCACCACUACACAAGCUCGAGGUGACAGAGGAGACCCCGCCCUCACGUGUCCAGCCAGAUCAAGGAGCACGAGCAAAGACAAAGGACCAUGGGUUCCGCUAUACCACCUGA